UUUUUCUAAUUAUUUGUCAUGAGUGGUACAGAUGGGGUGGUUAACCGGCGUCAGAUCAUUAUAGACUUGGGAAGUGUUUAGUCUUUUUUUUCAUUAUUUUCUACUUCACGGAGAAAAGGCAAUAGAACCAGAGGGUGGAGCUUGCAAUCGCUUUUGCUUAUGCUUUUAUGUUUGGGAGUCAGUUUAUCACCAUCAUGCUGCAUUUAUCUUACGGCCUACUCAUCUGUGUAAAGUGUCGCUUAUUUCCUUUUUUCCGUGCAGAACAUGCAUCAUUCCUCGCGAGAGGAGAUGAUGAAGAAAUUGGGAGGGAAUCUGUUGCUUAUUGCUUUGUUUCGUUUCGUUUCUAUUUGUUCGUGCUAAAAUAUUGUUGUCAAACAGAAAACUCUUGAAAUCAACCUGCUUUUCGUUUUGGUAUUCUCAUAUUUUG